AAGGGGUGGGCAUUUGGCAAUUGGCAGUGAGGAAUGAGGUAUUUUGGAAUAGGAUACAAUGCUUAUGCAACCAACUAUAUAAACAUUGAAAUGCAAAGUGAGUGUGAGGUAACACAAGAAUUCCUCCUCCUUCCUCUUUCGUGUUGUCUUGUUACAUACAUACCGCUAUAGAUAGCAACAUGGGAGCGGAUAGUGGAGAGCUGAUGAAAGCGCUUAAGCCUUUUAUGAAAACUCAUUAUCUGUCUUCCGCAUCUCCCUCAUCAUUAUCACUGUCAGUGUCACAAUCUCUCCCCAACCAACUCAGCCCACACCAAAUACGUCAGAUUCAGCAGCAGCAGCAGCAACCCACAAGACUCGUGGGCCCAAAGCGCGUCCCCAUGAAACACACAGCCACAGCGAAGCUCUACCGCGGGGUGCGACAGCGGCAUUGGGGGAAGUGGGUGGCCGAGAUCAGACUCCCGAAGAACCGCACGCGCCUCUGGCUGGGAACCUUCGACACCGCAGAGGAAGCAGCCUUGGCAUACGACAACGCAGCGUUUAAGCUCAGGGGCGACUUGGCACGCCUCAAUUUCCCUCAUUUACGACACAACGGACCCUUGGUUCUCGGCGACUUCGGCGAUUACAAGCCCCUCCCUUCCUCCGUCCACUCCAAGCUCCAAGCUAUUUGCGAAGCCUUGCCCCUUUCCCUUUCCCACAAACCACAGCCCAAGCCCUCUGUCCAAGACGUCAAGCCCGUCAUACGCGCUGCUCAGCUCCCACUGUUGGAGGAUUUUAAGGUCAACCCCAUGCUGUCUGCCGAAUCUUCUUCUUCGCCUGAAUCCGGUGUUUCUUUCUUGAAUUUCUCCGAUUCUAGUGAGUGGGAUGAAAUACACAACUUUGGGUUGGAGAAGUACCCUUCCGUGGAGAUUGAUUGGGCGGCUAUAUAAAAUGCUUGCUUUACCUUUCCUCUGCUUUGGUUUUACGAUAUACUAUGUACCAUGUCUAUGUCUAUGUCUAUGUCUAUGUACUUUUACGUUUAUGUUUUGGUGUCUUUAGCUGCUUCCGCGAUGGAAUUUUUAACAUUUGCGGAUGUUUUGCUCGGACACAGCUUGCAAGUUUUAGGCAGAGAGGGUCCUAGUCCUAGUAGUGGUUGGUUAUGGUCUUUUACUCUUUUUGGUCUGCUGGUGUUUUUUAUUCCUUGCAUGACCCUGCCCUUUCUACUUCUUCUUCAACUGUAAUUAAACCGUCCUUCCAAUAUAUCACAAAUUUUACAUGUUCUUGUAAGCA